AUGAAAAAUCAAACUUUUGAAGAAGAUCAGGCAGCGCAGGGAGUGAACAUGAUUGAAUUUAGCGAGGAUCAUAAUGAGUUAGCUGCCGUGCAAGUGGCCUAUGCUCGCAAGGUCCACAUCUUCAAUACGAUUAUAAACAACAAGAUUGGCAUGACGCCGUGGCAGUAUGGACUUUCGAUGGUCGCAGGUCUUGGCUGGCUCCUUGAUAAUGCCUGGCUUCAGCUCGUGGGUGUGAUCCAAGCGCAGAUCACCGUCGAGUACUACCGCGAUCAAUACGUCAAGGAUCAUCCCUACAUUUCGAAUCCAGCCUGGUUAACAUUAGCACUGUUCACAGGACUGUCAAUUGGUGCCACAUUUUGGGGAUAUGCAGCAGAUGUUGUGGGUCGUCGUCUUUCCUAUAAUGCAACUCUGCUCAUCUGUGGUGUAUUUGGCGUUGCCGCUGGUGGUGCCCGAAACUUUGCUUCACUGGCCGGUCUCAUUGGUGCAUCUUGUUUCGGUGUUGGUGGAACUCUGCCCGUGGAUAGAAUGAUCUUUCUUGAAUUCUUGCCCGGCCAUCGUCAAUUUCUACUGACGCUUCUGUCAGUGUUCUGGUCUCUGGGUCAGUUGGCUACGUCUUUGAUUGGAUGGGGCUUUAUCUCCCGCUGGCAUUGCGAUUCACACGAUGAGUGCAUGAACAAUACUACAUCGGCUGGCUGGCUUACUGACAAUGUAGGCUGGCGGUACUUGAUUUUCACUACAGGCGCUUACACGCUGUUUGCUUUUUGUGUUCGUUUCAUCCUAUUUCGCAUUCCAGAAAGUCCCAAAUUUUACCUUUCCAAUGGCCGCGAUGCUGAAGCUAUCCGUGCUUUGUAUACCUUUGCCAAGAUGUGCGGUAAGCCACUUCCUGAAGGCUACUUGACCGUGGCAUCUCUUCAUGCAGCAGCAAACGAAGUUGAAAGUCCGAACCCUGAAGCUCUGAUUGAAGCGCCCAGCGGCAUUCUUUCGUAUUUCAAAGUAUGGAUGGAGGACAUUAAACUUAAUCGAUCUCACUCUCAAGCCAAAUUACCUUUCACGCAGCUCAAGCCACUGUUCUCUACCUUGCCUCUUGGGUACACGACCUGUUUGAUAUGGAUCUUGUGGCUGUUGAUUGGUUUGGCAUACCCUCUCUUUAAUUCUUUCAUUAUCGCAUAUUUUAAUGAAGGUCAAGGCGUUGGUUUGUCUGGGUUCAGCAGCAAACCAUACCGCGAUUUCGUGAUUGUGUCAGCAUGCGGUGUGCCAGGCAGUUUGCUUGGUGUAUGGAUGAUGACAUGGCCGCGCUCCGGUCAACGUGUUGCUAUGGCGAUCGCAACCCUUUUGUCUGGCGUAUUCCUUUUUGGUUUCACUGGCGUAAGCAGUGAUCCUGUGAGCCAAUUGGCAUUCUCAUCGAUUCUCAACUUCAUGGAAAACAUCAUGUAUGCUGUGUUAAAUUGUUAUACUCCCGAAUCAUUCCCUGCUCCACUUCGUGCCACGGCUGGUGGCAUUGCUUCCAUGCUGAACCGCGCCAUGGGUGUAGUCGCGGCCAUUUUCAAGGUCUAUACUACGGGCUACACAAGCUUUACCACUGCUCAGGCGCCUAUCUACACUUCUGCAGCCUUAUUCGUUUGUUCUGCAUUACUUAUGCUCGCUUUACGUGUGGAUAAUGCCGCGCGCACAUCCAUUUAG